AUGGACUGUAGGGAGUUCCCGACAUUACAUGCCUCCAAGAACUGUGUUUACCCUGGAUUCAUGGUUGAAGUAGGUAGUUCAAAAAAAUUAUAUUGAAAUAGAGCAUUACAAUAUAAGUGGACAUGUUUUAAUAAAAUAAUGUUAAAAGUUGUAGUUUCUUUAGGUUAGAGACAUGUUUUGUGGUAUAUGCGUAACCAAUUUUAGAUCUUGAACGAUCUAGCCUCACACAUGAAUAUUACACUUGAACCAGUCAUCGAAGAUGUUGACCUGAAACAGAGUUUAUUGCGUAAAGCUUUAAUAGACAAGGAAGGAAAACCGAACGGAGAGUUACAGUAUCUUUAUAAUGGUACAGUAGAUCUAAUAGCGUCGCCGUUUCAAAUAACAAAUCAUCGCUUAAAGUGGUUCGACUUUAGCCGGGAAAUGUAUCAUGUAAGUGCUAUGGUACUGUAUUCCGUGUUAUCUUUUGUACUUUAUUUAUUAUUCGAACUUACUAUGAUCAUCACCAGACUGACACCAGUAUGAUUGUCAGCAAAGAUCUGACCCUUUCAAACAAUGUCUGGAGUUUCUUUGGUACUUACUCGUCUAGUACUUGGUUAGCGAUACUCACAGCUUUGAUACUGCAAAUCAUCGUAUGUACGUGUGUAAGAUACAUCGAAGCUCACUUUACCAAACAGAAGCCUAUUACACUGUUUGAGGUAUGCAAUUUGUCUUAUGUUAUGUUCUAUACAAUAGUAUUAUAGAGUUCGUGGCAAAUGCUGAGGUUACAAUUAAUGCAGCCAGAAAAGAUUUACUUCAAAAGCUUGGCAGGUUAGAUACAGUAAAAUGAGCAAUGGUGUAGUUGUAUUCUUGUUUGUUAUGUAUACUCUUAGCUUUUGGAAGGAUUUAGUCUAUAGAUAAACUUUUAGGACGAGUAUCAAUCUUAUUGUUCUCAUUAGUUCAGUGUGCAGUUCUCUUGGGUGUGUUCAGCACGUGGAUACUAUCGAGCAUCAUAACUGAAACCAUAGAAACUCCGAUAGAAAAGAUUGAAGUACUGAUAAAGCGAGUACGAGAUGGACAGCUGACUAUGAUAGCCGCUCGCCCAGAGACAUGGUUCUACGAGAAGAUAUCACAGUCUGACGAAUACAUCUACAAGGAGAUACGAUUGGCCUUGGAAAGGAACCCGCUACGGUACAUUAACACUACUGAUACGACGAUGAGGAAGGUCAGUACGGGCAACUUCGUAUCUUUCGUACAAGACGACGAAGAUACCAAGUUUGCGACACUUACUUAUUGUAACAUAAUGGAAAUUACGGUAGAAAUGCCGACUGUGACCGGUCACUUGCUGUUCAGGUACGGUGGGUUUGGUACGGAGAGAUGACAUAGAUAAUAUAAUAAAAUUAAGAUCUGGUUAAAGCUUAGGAAGCUUACCAUUGACCCUAAUUAUAAGUCUAAAAUAAAAUACAAAAGAAGUUGUUUUCAAUAAUGUAAAUAUACUAUAAUAUUUUCAGAAAAAACCACCCCCUUUUGCCAUUAUUUAACCAAGCCAUUACCGAAAACCAAGCUCAUAUCCUCAGAAUUAUAAACAAGUACAAAAACUUGUCGCGAAAACUCAAAAAUCAGUAUUGUACACGAUCUUUGGCUCCAACUCCUCUUCGUAUCUUACCUUACUGUGGUCUUUUCAUCGUAUGUUCAGUUGUAAUCGCCGUAUCUUGUGUGAUUUUACUGAUGGAGGCAUAUGUAACAGAAGUACGACAUCGACGACAAGGUAAAGUGUUCAAGUAUGGAUGGCUGGUUCGAAUUGUCAAGUUUCUCGUUUGA